GGCUGCAACUGCGACAAGCUUUUUUUUUUUUUUCUUUUAAAUGUGUGUGUGAUUUUUCUCUGCUUUCCCUUUGUUGAAGAUGACCUGAACUUCGAAAGAGCCUCUGCUGGCCAGGGAUCGGCUCAAGUGUGAGAGACGCCCUCCAACCUCCAGCACCAUCUCCACCAUCAGCACUCGAGGGCUGCUUCGCAGAUGGGAGGUCACCAACCGGUCGUCUGUUUUGCCCAAAUGUAUCUGCCAUCCGCCCUCAUCUAAGAUGGCUGCCUGUGGCCUUCUUCUGCAUCCGAACAGACUGGAGCAGGGCUGCGUUUUACCAUGGUGAUCAUUUUGUUGAAAACACUGGAAAAGAAGAAGGGUGUCAAUGAUGUAAGGUCCAAGAACAUCGAGAGACGGCUGCGUGACCUCCACACCAUGAGCAGGGGGACCACCCUCUUCUCCUGUGGAACCGUGGAGGCCGAUAGGUGGCUGGACCUGGGGCAAAGCUGUGCCAUCCAGCAGAGAACACCCUGCCAGUCUGGUGCCAGUCUGGAGAGCCUGUGGGAUGUGAUGCCUGCGCCGGGAAGCUGGCACUGGGCCAAGGAGCCAGGCAGCGCCACAGCAAUCACCAGUCUGAUAAGAGAUCUCAGCCUCGUCGACGGCAGCAUGGCCAGCCCCCACUCCCAAACCACGUCCACCACUGCACACUACACCACUACCGCUACCAGCCAAGCUCCCACGGCACCCCCGAGCAAACGCCAGUGUCGCUCCUUGUCGUUCUCUGAUGAAUUCAGUGGGUUCCGCUCAUCUUGGAGGCCUCAAGGCUCCCGGGUGUGGACAACGGUGGAGAAGCGAAGGUGCCACAGUGGAGGAAGUGUGCGAGGAGGAGGGGGUUUCUCCAGUGGCCAUUGUCCCACCAUGCAGCGUAGCUCCAGCUUCAGUUUGCCGUCACGCACCAGCGUCCCUUCAGAUGGAUCCCUCGACCUGCCUUUCUUCAACCAGCAACUGCCUCUCCACCCUCAAUUCACUGCCUCUCCAGUCUCCCCUACCUCUCCUUCCUCGCAUCACCACCACUCCUGCCAUCACCACUUCCUCAGGCCUCUCUCCCUCUCCCAUGAGCAGAUCAGCCUGCCAGAGCUCCAGAGGGAAGAGGCGUCGGAGGCCAGCUCCCCGGACUCCACCCCAGAACUGGGGAGGCGAGCCGGGCAAAGAGCCGGGGGCACGGGGUGUCUGUCUCGGAGCAGGUCCCAGCCCUGCGUGCUAAAUGACAAAAAGAUUGGUAUGAAGCGCAGGAGACCAGAAGAUGCCCAGGAACAGCGCCCCUCCCUGGACCUGGCAAAGAUGACUCAGAAACUCCAGACUUUUCAGAGCCUGAGCUGCCCCGGGUUUUCUGCCACCGACGGCUGCCAACCAAGCCUGCCCCCUCCCACCUCUGAGACCUCCAGCCAACUGGAUUCAGACUUCACUGCUGUGCCCGAGCUGGGACUGGAGUCGCGGCAGGAAGUGGCGAGAGAUGACGAGGAAGAGGAUUCAUCCUACGAGGAGCUGGAUAGCGACUCGGCUUGUAGCGUGGACUCGCGGUCCGGGUCUCCUGUCGGCAUCGUGGAUGGUAAACGCACCCUCUGGAAGGGUGAUUGCGGGACACAGAGGGACAUUUUCCAGCUGGGGGGAGAGCUGGAUCUUGACCAGAUUGAGAGAAACUGAACAUUUUAUAGGAGAUUUUCAAAGAAUGUGUCUGGACUGUUGUAGAAAGUUAUGGGACAUUGAUGAUGUACCAUGAGGUGACUAUUAAGAAGGGCUGUGAGAAAGAGUGGAGGAAGUUUCUGUCUACUUUGAAAGGAAAAGAUAAGGAAUGUGAUGUAGAUGAUAAAGGAUUAAGUAUGUGGUUAAUGGCCGGCUUCUUAAUGACACAUUUGCCUUGAACAUUCUUACUGUUUGAAUCAGUGGCCGUAGUUUUUUUUUUUAUUAUUAUUGGGUUAUUCAGCUUAACUCAGGAGUAGGAAAGUGAUGGUUAGUCUUAAAGCCCCCACUGUCUUUUCAACCUGAUGACCUUUCCAAAGUCAGCUAACCAUAGAGUUGUAGUACUGUAGCAGUAGCUGGGCUCUCCUGUAUUUAGCUCGAAUUGUUUUUUUGUUAAGAGAAAGUGAGGGUAUCGAGGAUGGGGUGAAACAGGGAGGGGUAAACAACAGGAAGAAGUAUCUUCUCACAGACUUACCCUUGACCUUCCGCUUCAACGUUUGUGCACACAUGAAAAUCUGAUUUGUUUCGUUUGCUGAAUGUAGACUCAAUAAGCUUUACGAGGAGUUCGGGAAAUGACGGUGCCUUCUUUUGGAUGCUUGCUCUCCCUGUUCUCUUCAAGAAACUAGCCUCAAUCGAAGCCGCCUUUUCUGACCUUUUUGUAGUUUCUUAAUAUGCAAAUUGUAUAUUUGAAUUCAACACUGAAUCUCAAGUUUUCAGUUCUAAUAUCAAUGUAUAUUUUUCUAAGUAACUGUUUUUUAUGAGCUGUUUGUGAAGGAGCAAGACUGCAAGGCCUUUCGUCUAACAGAACGGACAUGAAAUAAAUUGACGACCUGCA